AAAUUGACAAAUCGACAUUCAGACUACACUUUAUAUUAGAAAGCGUUGAAAAAUAUAACUAGGUACACCACAUCAGAAAUGACACAUGUAUUAAAUAUUAGAGAUAUUUCUGAAAUGAAUAAAGAUAAUAUUCAUAUUAGAGAUGACAAGGAUCUGCUGAUAAAAAUCAAUAAGAUUAUCCAAGGCGGUCACAGCAAAUUGCAAAUAGUUACUGACUUUGAUCAUACAUUAACAAGGCAUAGGAUGGAAAAUGGGAAAAUAGUAUUGACAAGUUUUGGUAUGUUUCGUGAGUGCCCUUCUAUUCCUCAGUAUUAUAAAGAUGAAGAUAACAGGCUCUCUGAUAUUUACAAACCUAUUGAAAGUGACCCGCAUAUGAGUUUGGAAGAGAAAACUAAACAUAUGGUGGAUUGGUAUAAAGCUGCUCAUGUACAACUUAAAGGUGUUAUAUUUCCAAGGCAAGAACUCAUGGAUAUUGGACAUAGUAUGAUUGAUUGCUUCAGGAAAGGUGUCGCAGACUUUAUCAGCUGGAGUGAAAAGCAACGUGUACCUGUACUGGUGUUUUCUGCUGGUUUGGGAGAUAGUGUGGUGGCAGCAUUGAAAGCUGCUAAUUUAUUACUUCCACAUGUUAAGGUUAUUUCAAACUUUUUGGCUAUGGGAGAUGACGAUAAAAUAAUUGGGAUAAAGGGUGAAGUGAUUCACACUCUCAAUAAAAAUGAGACUGCAAUUAAAAAUACAGAAUAUUAUGAAAUGGUGAAAGAACGAACCAAUGUGAUACUAAUGGGUGAUAAUAUUGGAGAUGCAAGCAUGGCGGAGGGCAUGGAACACUGCGACGUAGUCAUUAAAAUAGGUUUCCUCAGCAAUAAUGUGGAGGCCAAUCUCCCUAAUUAUCUCAACAAAUUUGAUAUAGUUUUGACCAACGAACACACAAUGGAUGUAGUCAAUGCCAUAUUGAAAUUAAUGCUGUGAUUUUUGUGACAGUUUCUUAGUUAAUUCUUAUUUCUAACUCUGACAAAUAUAACAAUGAUAUAGUGAAUUCUCCUCCUAUUAGUACUAUGAAAUCAUUAAGAAUAUGUGUGCAGAACAUUGGUAGGAUCUUACACAGUUAAGUGGAAUGUCAUAAGUCUACCUUUUGUUUACAUAUUUAAUUUGUUUCACUUUUAUGAAAAUUUGCCAAACCAGUGGUUCUUAGCCUUUCAGUCUCUAGUGACCAUUUGUCAAAUUUUUGUUUAAUAUGCUGUACCUAAAUUUAGAAUUGUAGAUCAAUUAAGUAUCAUGUAUCUAUAAAUAAAUACCACUUGGGAUGCUUCCGGGACUAUUGGUUAAAAACCACUAGUCAAAACUCUUAAGUAGUUUACUAGCUGGCUAGUCUUACUUAACAUUGUUUUUGUGGAUUUAUUAUGAGUUGUUAACAAAUAUGUAAGUUAGUUCAGCAGGGCGUUUAUAUAUUUGUUGAAAAUGUGGCUAAUUUUAUAGUUGUUUUUAUCUUUGUUAUUGCCUCCUGCAAAAACUACAGUUUAGGUUGUACAUUUUGCUGAGUUUUUAAUAUUAUGGUUUUCUUUUUGUAAUAAUACCUUUUGUAAAAUAUGAGUUCAUAUGGACAUGAUUAGUAGACUGUUCUGUUAUUGUUAUAAAUAAACUCUUAAUUAUUCUUAUGGAUACUCUAUGUACCAUAGAUUAUAUAGUUCCUAAAAUUUGUUGCCCACAGCCACGUGACAUUAAAGACAAUGUUCUAGUAUCGUUAGAUUUAAUCAACGCCUAUAGUUGAAUUUUUAAUCAGACAAAAUAUCAAUUGAAUCAUUUCAGUUCAUUCACAUUUGUGUUUUCAAAGUGUCCCUAAAAUCCAAGUUAUUUAUUAAAUUAUCUUAUUAACUUUACACAAAACUCGAUAAAGAUAACUACAACAAUAAAUAUAUACAAGAAACUCGGUAUCCUCGGAAGAAUCGUCGUCGGUAAUAUUUAUUAAAAAUCUAUCUGUAGAUAACUGCAGUGACAUAAAUUUUAUUAUUUGACGCGACAAUAGCAUUUUACUUAGCCCCAAAUGAAAUAUAAAAAAUAAUUUUAAUUGAAUUCUGUUCAUCUUUAAGGCAAAAAACUCCGUGUCUGUACUGGCGUUUCCGAUGUUUCCAAUUAACUAUUUCAUAAUAGAUUAAUUUAUUAAAAUUGUCUUGUUGAAAAUUAAAUUUUAAGAUGAGAACGAAAAGAUACAACACCAUCGAAUCUUACACUGGACACUGAAUAUUUAUAUAAUGCGUUUUGUUUCGUACAUUUCAAAUGUUAAAGAAAAAUAAAGAAGUGCUGUCGGGCAGAAUUUCUCCAAUCUAUUUUAAGCC